GCGCUGGGUCCAUAUUGUCGGUGUCAGAAGUGGGCCCAUGCUCGGUUCGGCCACGCCCCACCAGCCAGCCAGCCAGGGACCCGUCGCUGCCCUCUGGCGAUGAGGGAUAUUACGGGUCUGCCCUGACCACCGCCCACGCGCAGCCAGGGGUAGAAACGACCGCGUCACCGUAUUUGACCCCUCACCGUCCCACACCAGUGUCGGCGAGUCCCUCCUGUGCCUCGUCCUCCCCCUUUCCCCUCCGAGUCCAGCCCGGCGCCACCCACUCAGCCGCGGAUCCGAGGCGCAGAUCCGAUCCGGCGAUGGCGUCCACGGCGGCGAGGCGGCUGCGGGAGCUGCAGGCGCAGACGGGGAACAAGACCUGCGUGGACUGCGCGCAGCGGAACCCGCAGUGGGCGAGCGUCUCCUAUGGGGUGUUCAUGUGCCUCGAGUGCUCGGGCAAGCACCGGGGCCUCGGCGUGCACAUCAGCUUCGUGCGCUCGGUCACCAUGGACUCCUGGACCGAGGCGCAGCUCCGCAAGAUGGAGGCCGGUGGCAACGACCGACUCAACGCCUUCCUCACAGCUCGCGGCGUUCCUAAGGAGACGCCCCACGUCGCCAAGUACAACUCCAACGCCGCAGCCGCCUACCGCGACCGCAUCGCCGCGCUCGCUGAGGGAAAGCCGUGGACUGACCCGCCCGUGGUCAAGGAGACGCCCGGAUCUGGCGCCCCCGCCCCCGCUAGGAAGCCGCCCGUGCACACAUCUGCCGCCUCCGGCGGCGGCGGGUGGGACGACUGGGACGACGAUUUUCGGCCGGACAUGAGGCGGAAUCAGUCGGUUGGAUCGUUCGCCGCCGCGGGUGCGCAGUCAGGGAGGCAGCCGCCGAGGUCCAAAUCAACACAGGACAUGUACACGAGGCAGCAACUGGAGGCGUCGGCGGCAAAUAAGGAGGACUUUUUCGCCAGGAGGAUGGCGGAGAACGAGUCCAAGCCUGACGGGAUCCCGCCAUCCCAGGGCGGCAAGUACGUUGGGUUCGGAUCCAGCCCACCGCCGUCGGCUAACAGGAACGGCGGUGCUGCCCAGGGCGAUGUCAUGCAGGUUGUCUCUCAGGGAUUUGGACGCCUUUCAUUAGUUGCAGCAUCUGCUGCCCAGUCUGCUGCCAGUGCUGUCCAAGUUGGCACAAAAGAAAUCCAAUCAAAGAUGAGGGAUGGGGGCUAUGACCAGAAGGUGAAUGAAACUGUCAGUGUUGUUGCCAAUAAAACUGCAGAGAUUGGAAGCAGGACUUGGGGGAUCAUGAGAGGAGUUAUGGCGCUGGCCUCACAAAAGGUAGAGGAAUAUGCCAAGGAAGGAGGAGUGGGUGGCUGGGGAGAGGAUUGGCAACACAGCGAGCAGAAAAGUGAGCCUUACCAAAGGUUUGAGCAUGAGACCAACGGCAACAGUUGGAAUUCCUCCCAAAAUUCUUCAUCGAAGAACAAUUCCAGUUCUUGGGACGAUUGGGACGACCCAGGCAAGAAAGAUGAGCCUGCGAAACCGCACCAGAGCAGUGACUCCUGGGCUGGCUGGGAUGAUGGGAAGGAUGAUGGUUUUGAUAGCCCUAGUUACAACAAUCACAGCACCUCCAACAAGGGGAGCAACCAAAACGGGACAUCCGGUGGCACAUUUUGGACAGAAGGCGGCUUCCGCUGAAACCAGUCUCUUUUCCAUAGAGCUAUACUUUCAGAGUUGUUACAUGCCAGGAAACGUGAGGGUCCAGUGGUUGGUAUUAUUUGGGAUACUUAAACAGUCGGGUGAAAGGGUUUGUGUGUUUUGUACCAUGUCUACAACUGUUAUUAUAUCUAGUGAGAUAUAUUUCUGUGGUCAGAUGCCAUUCAACACUGCCCAAAUGACUAAGAAAUGUCGAUUUGAAACUGUAAUUUACUCGACUUUGUCGCAUA